CGCACAAGAGGCGCAGGACGUCGGAGCCGUCCGAGAUCGAGGAGAGGCUCGAGUCGCUCAUCUGCCGCGUGGGAGAGAAGAGCACCUCAUCCCUAGAGAGCAACUUGGAGGGACUGGCUGGUGUUUUGGAAGCUGAUCUGCCAAACUACAAGAGCAAGAUACUAAGAAUUCUGUGUACUGUUGCACGCCUGUUACCAGAAAAGCUGACUGUUUACACAACACUAGUUGGGUUGCUGAACGCCAGAAACUACAACUUUGGUGGGGAAUUUGUAGAAGCCAUGAUUCGUCAGCUUAAAGAAUGUCUGAAAGUCAAUAUGUAUAAUGAGGCUGUGUUUUUAGUUCGUUUUCUAUCUGAUCUUGUGAAUUGUCAUGUAAUAGCUGCACCUUCGAUGGUAGCUAUGUUCGAGAACUUCGUGAGUGUGACACAGGAGGAAGAUGUACCCCAAGUGCGAUGUGACUGGUAUAUGUUUGCGUUUCUGUCAUCUUUACCUUGGGUUGGGAAAGAAUUAUAUGAGAAAAAGGAUGCUGAAAUGGAUCGCCUGUUAUCUCAAACUGAAAGCUAUCUAAAACGCCGCCAGAAAAUUCAUGUGCCCAUGUUGCAAGUUUGGACUGCUGAUAAACCUCAUCCACAAGAGGAAUAUUUAGACUGCCUUUGGUCUCAGAUCCAGAAGUUGAAGAAAGACCGUUGGCAAGAGCGACACAUUCUGAGGCCCUACUUGGCUUUUGAUAGCAUUCUUUGUGAAGCAUUGCAACACAACCUGCCUCCGUUCACUCCUCCACCUCACACGGAGGAUUCAGUGUACCCAAUGCCAAGGGUUAUUUUUAGGAUGUUUGACUACACGGAUGAUCCUGAGGGCCCUGUCAUGCCUGGCAGUCACUCCGUUGAACGAUUUGUAAUAGAGGAGAACCUUCACUGCAUCAUCAAAUCCCACUGGAAAGAGAGAAAGACUUGUGCUGCACAGCUGUUAAGCUAUCCAGGAAAUAACAAGAUUCCUUUGAAUUACCAUAUAGUAGAGGUUAUAUUUGCAGAAUUGUUUCAACUUCCAUCUCCACCACAUAUUGAGGUCAUGUACACAACACUCCUCAUAGAAUUAUGCAAACUUCAGCCUGGCUCCUUACCACAAGUUCUUGCACAAGCCACAGAAAUGCUCUACAUGCGUUUGGAUACAAUGAAUACUACAUGUGUUGACAGGUUUAUUAACUGGUUUUCUCACCACUUGAGUAACUUUCAGUUUCGCUGGAGCUGGGAAGACUGGUCAGACUGUCUUACUCAGGACCUUGAAAAGCCUAAACCCAAAUUUGUGAGAGAGGUGUUAGAAAAAUGCAUGCGGCUGUCCUACCAUCAGCGUAUUAUAGACAUUGUUCCUGCAAGCUUUUCUGUCCUCAGUCCUGCAAAUCCCGUGUGCAUUUACAAAUACGGAGAUGAAAGCAAUAGAUCUCUCCCUGGAUACACUGUAGCCCUCUGUUUGACAAUUGCAAUUAAAAAUAAGGCCAGCAAUGAUGAAAUCUUCAGCAUUUUAAAAGAUGUGCCUAAUCCAAACCAAGAUGAUGAUGAUGAUGAAGGAUUUACCUUCAACCCUCUGAAGAUAGAAGUUUUUGUUCAGACUCUGCUUCAUCUAGCUGCAAAGUCUUUCAGCCACUCCUUCAGUGCCCUGGCCAAGUUUCAUGAAGUCUUCAAAACACUUGCUGAAAGCGAUGAGGGGAAACUCCAUGUCCUGAGAGUUGUAUAUGAGGUUUGGAAAAAUCAUCCACAGAUGAUUGCUGUGCUCGUGGACAAGAUGAUUCGAACACAAAUCGUUGAUUGUGCUGCAGUAGCAAACUGGAUCUUUUCUUCAGAACUUGCACAUGAUUUUACUAGGUUUUAUAUUUGGGAAAUACUACAUUCCACAAUUCGUAAAAUGAACAAGCAUGUUCUGAAGAUUCACAAAGAGCUGGAGGAGACCAAGGCAAGACUGGCACGGCAGCACAAAAGACGAGACAGCGACGACGACGAUGACGACGACGACCGCAGCAGCGACCGCGAGGACGGGCCGCUCGAGGAGCAGAUCGAGCGCUUGCAGGAGAAGGUGGAGGCCGCGCAGAGCGAGCAGAAGAACCUCUUCCUUGUCAUAUUCCAGCGCUUCAUUAUGUUGUUAACUGAGCACUUAGUGCGCUGUGAAACUGGAGGAAUUGAUGUAUUCACCCCUUGGUACAAGAGCUGCAUAGAGAGGCUGCAGCAGAUCUUCCUACAGCACCACCAGAUCAUCCAGCAGUACAUGGUGACCCUGGAGAACCUCCUGUUCACGGCUGAGCUGGACCAUCACAUCCUGGCUGUGUUUCAGCAGUUCUGUGCUCUGCAGGCCUGAGCACUGAGUCUCGUCUGCAGGACUUCAGUGACAAUAACUUUUUUCUUUUUUUUUUAAUGGGAAGACUUGACCUGGGGAAGAUUUUUUUUCAUUAAAACUGGCUUUCAUGUGCUCCUAUAUAAACAAUGCAGUACUCUAACCAACAGCAAUUCUGUAAGCAUCGUAAGCCUUAUUAGCUAUGACUGGUAGAGGAUUGAUGUGAAGCAAUGCGCGAGUUCUUUUAAUCUCUCCUUUCAUUUGGUUUGAAUCCUGCAUUCAUGGUAGUAUUUUUUUUUUCCCCGAUGUUUAUAUAAAAAUAAAAAAUAGGCCAAGAAAAGGUCCCUUAAAGCAAAGGAAUUGCAGAAGUGUGAGGAGGGACACUGUGGCUUUUGAGCGCUAGGGGGAGACUCAACACCGCUUGUGCCGCACGAAACACGGAGUAAAGCUCUACAAGUGGCAUAGAUGACACUUUGGCUUUGAUACUGCCAAAGCAGCUAGACCUUCACAGCUUGAAGGAACGUGGAUGUAAUACAAUUGAAAUAUGUUGUUUUUUUUAAAAAUGUAUUGUCUGGUGUCUUAUUGCAGCAACUGUAAACAACUGGUAGAGGAACUUCAUGAACUUCAUGUGAAGAGCGUGUGGCUCCCGUGUCUCCGACAAGCCUUGUAGCAUUGAAUUAAGUGAUACCUUACAGGAGACCUUGGCUGGGGUGAGAUGCAACCUGAAAAUGGAGUCACCUUAGUCCAGCGUUGUUUUUAUUAUUAAUAUUAUUGUUAUUAUUACUACUACUACUACUACUUCUGUAAGAACACGAACCAGAGCGCUCUGUAUCGUGGCGAGUAGGGAUGCAGGGCAAAGACAUUGCCUCAGGCCCUGCAUACAGUGACAUUUGCGUGUGCAGGAGCUGUUCAUGGUCUCUUCAUUUUGUAGAGGAGCACUGGAAAGUUUUCCAACUUCCCAAGUUUUCCUCUGAAAAUUGCAAACUUUUGUUCCUGUACAAGUUAUAUUCCAAAUACUGUACCUAGUAAUACAUUUCAUCCCGACGUUAAGCAAUUGACCUCUUAAAAGCACGGGGGCCAGAAUUUUUUUUCUACUUUGUGUGCUGGCAUAACCUGUUGUGUGACCUGUAACAACUGAGUGUAUCCUUGUAGACGUGAUUCUGUUAUUUCUGCUUUAUCUUCUGAUUUGACAAAUCCUUCCAUUUUUAGAGUCUACCUUCUGCGUCUUUGCAAGCUUGUUUUAUGUGAGGUUUUUGUUAGUCAUGCGCAGAAGUCUUUUUCAGAUCUGUUGAUGCUCCUGAGUAAUCAAUUUUCCCUUUUUUUUUAUUUUCUUCUUUGUGACACUUAAUGCUGUACAGAAGUUUUAGUAGAUCCUUUAGCUUUUUUUUUGUGUGUGUUGUUUUUUUUUUUUCCCUAGAUAGGAUUGAUAAGGACUUCUGCUCUGGUGCGUGUGAAUCAGACGAAGUUGAAUGUGUUCUCUGUAAAACUGAUAAUGCCCUGGAACUUGCAGAGCUCCGACUUCUUCUGAGCCUUUACUGUACUUUACAAAUAGUGGGGCUGGGGAUACAAACAAAUACCUGAGCACAGACAGCAUAAUCC